AUAUACACACACAAAAGCAACCAAAAAAUAAAAAUAAAAAUAGAAAUGUCUCUUGUUCGAUCAAUUCAGGAGAAAUUACAACAUCAACCACAUUCAAUAACCCUAUCUACCAUAUGUUUCAUAAUCAUAACGAUUUUGUGUAUUGUUAAGUUCACAAGAAGAAACAACAAGUUCAAUAACCUUCCACCAUCUCCACCAAAGUUACCAAUAAUUGGAAACCUUCAUCAACUAGGAACACUUCCACACCAAUCCUUAAAGGAACUUGCUAACAAAUAUGGCCCUCUUUUGUUGCUUCAAUUAGGGCAAACUCAAGCCCUAGUUGUCUCUUCAGCGGAACUUGUUGAAGAAAUAGCAAAAUCACAUGAUAUUGCUUUCUCCAAUAGAGCAAACACUAAAGCUGCAAAGAUUUUCUUCUAUCAAUGCAAGGAAGUUGGUUUUGCACCCUAUGGAGAAGAGUGGAGAAUGAAAAGGAAGCUAUGUGUUCUUGAGCUUCUAAGCACAAAUAGGGUAAGGUCAUUUCAGCCAAUUAGAAAAGAUGAAGUAUCAAUGAUGAUUAACACCAUAUGUGAAGCUUGUGCAAAAGGAUCUAUUGUGAAUCUAUCUAAGAUGAUUAUUACAACCGCAAACAACAUAUCUUCAAGGUGCAUUUUUGGAAGAAGUUCUGAUGGUAGAAAAGGCAUUGGAGAAGUAGUGAGAAAGAUGAUGUCACAAUUAACAACACUUGGGAUUGGAGAUUUGUUUCCUUCAUUGAAUUGGGUUGAUGUUCUUACCGGUUUCAACUCAAGAUUAAAGGUUACUUUUGCUGAAUUAGAUGCGUUUCUGGAAGAGGUUAUUGAAGAGCAUAAGAGAAAGAAAAAGGACAAAAAUAUUAUUAAUGAUAGUUCUUAUGAUAAUAAAGACUUUGUUGAUAUAUUUCUUCAACUUCAAGAAAAAAACAUGCUUGAAUUUGAGCUCACCGGAGAUACCAUCAGAGGAAUCCUUAUGGACAUGUUUGUGGGAGGGAGUGACACAGUUUCAACAACUCUUGAAUGGGCUUUUUCCGAACUUGCUAAGAACCCAAAAUGCAUGAAGAAAGCCCAAGAAGAGGUAAGAAGAAUUGUGGAUGGAAAAUCCAAGAUAGAGGAAAACCAUCUAAACCAAAUGAAUUACAUGAAAUGUGUACUCAAAGAAACCCUAAGAUUACAUCCACCAGUUCCACUUUUGGUCCCUAGAGAAACAUCAACAAGUGUGAAACUCAAUGGCUACAACAUUCCCAACAAAACAACCGUGUAUGUGAAUUCAUAUGCAAUUCAUAGGGACCCUAAAUUAUGGGAAAAUGCUGAAGAGUUUAUUCCUGAAAGAUUUGAAGGUAAUAAUGAUGAUCAACAAGUUGAUUAUAAGGUAAUAGAUUUUCAAUUAAUCCCAUUUGGUAUUGGAAGAAGGGGUUGUCCUGGAGUUUCAUUUGGGAUUGCAUCAGCUGAAUAUUUGAUGGCUAAUCUUUUAUAUUGGUUUGAUUGGAAGGUUCCUAAUAAUAAUAGUAAUGGUGAUGAUGAUUUUGAAAUGGACAUGAGUGAGUUAAGUGGAAUGACAGUCACCAAGAAACAACCACUUUAUCUUCAGCCAAUACUUUACUCAUUUCAUUCUAAAUCUUGAUAUGGAGAGUGGACUAGCUACUAGCUAGUAUUAAUUUAAAAGAAAAAGAUAAAUAAAUUCUUGAUUUCUUAAUUUAAAGAUACAUGAGUUUUUGACUAAUUGAAAAUACAAAAACAUUCUUCACGUUUUAAAAUACAAGAUAUUUAAAAUAGAUCUUUUGAUGGACUUAUUUAGAUGU